CUCUAAAUAUAUAUGCUCAGGCACUGGCUUUGUCACAAGCCAAUGCAUCCAAUUCUCUUAUGAGCUUGGUUUUUCCUUUUGAGAAAUAAAAAGAAAUGGAGAACAGCCUCCACAACUUUUACUAUUCAGCAACUUACUCAGACCAGUCAACAACAAUGGCUCCACCUCCGCCGACUAAGGUUGUCUUUGGAAAGGAAGAGGAUGUUUCAAAAGCACUUCGUAAUAAAGUUGCUUCUCACCCUCUAUUUCCUCACCUCCUCCAUGCCUUCAUCGAUUGCCACAAGGUAGGAGCACCACAAGAUAUUGCAGACCUAUUUGAAGGAAUCAAAGAAGAGCAUAGUGGGUUGUGUCAGAUAUCUGAAUCUAAAUCUUAUCAUGGCUUCUUGGGUGCUGAUCCCGAACUUGAUGAUUUCAUGGGAACGUUUUACGAUUUAUUGGUGAAGUACAAAUCAGAUCUUUCAAGACCCUUUAACGAGGCAACCAUGUUCCUCACGCAUAUGGAAACUCAGCUUCACUCCAUCUGCAACGAUCUUGCAGUCUCAGACAACACUGUUCCUCAACCUGCAGGUGACUUUGGUGGAUCACGUGGGAAAGAUAGUAUGGAGGGGAUUAAGAGAAUUGAAAGCAAGAAGACAAAUGAAGUUGAAGAGCUGAAGGAUAAUCUUCUAAGUAGAUAUAGUGGUUACAUUACUAAUCUGAAGCAUGAAUUUUCCAGAAAGAAGAAGAAAGAAAAGCUACCAAAAGAAGCAAAGAAAAUCUUACUUGCAUGGUGGAAUAUUCACUUUAAAUGGCCAUACCCAACGGAUGCUGAUAAGGUAGCCCUAGCUGAAUGGAGUGGUUUGGAGCAGAAGCAAGUAAAUAAUUGGUUUAUAAACCAAAGGAAACGCCAUUGGAAAGCAUCAGAAGAAAUGCAGGUUGCAAUUUUGGAUGAACUCUAUGGACCCUUGCACGAGUGAGAGUCACAAGGCUGCACCACUAUUUUUGCUUUGUUCACCAUAAAAUUACAGUGUUGGUUGAUCAGAAAAUGUUGAGUUUUGUGCUCAUGAACCACUUCUGCUUUAUUUUGCUUUUCGAACAAGAUGGAAUCAGAACCGGAGUAAUUGUCCUCUUCCUUGAAUCAUACUAUAAU